AGUUAUAGCACUUAAACUUUACGAUACACAAUAACCAUGUUUCUUGGUUUAUGUACGCGGGUGCUAUUAUCUCUGGUAGUGAUAUGCUUUGGUGUUGGAGAAUGCAAAAGAAGAAAUGUACUACUCAUAAUAGCUGACGAUGCAGGCUUCGAAACAGAAGUGUACAACAACACGGUGGUCCAGACCCCACAUCUUCGAAUGCUGUCUGAGCGUAGCGUUGUCUUUCAAAACGCCUUCACCUCAGUAAGCAGCUGUUCACCGAGUCGUUCUACCAUUCUCACUGGUUUACCGCAGCACCAGAAUGGAAUGUAUGGUCUCCAUCAAGCUGUCCAUCACUUCAAUUCUUUUGAAGAAGUCCGUAGUCUUCCUCUGCUUCUUCAGCAAGCAGGCAUACGCACUGGCAUUAUUGGGAAGAAGCAUGUGGGUCCGGAUCCGGUGUAUCCUUUUGAUUUUGCCUACACAGAAGAGAACAGCUCUGUUCUCCAGGUGGGCAGGAAUAUCACCCGAAUCAAACUUCUAGUACGAAAAUUUCUUCGGGCCCAGAGGGAGGCAGCGGAAAAGGAAGAGAGACAGAAGCGUGACGGGCAACCUUUCUUUCUCUAUGUGGCAUUCCAUGACCCUCAUCGCUGUGGCCAUUCCCAACCUCAGUAUGGGCCGUUCUGUGAAAAAUUUGGGAAUGGUGAGAGUGGCAUGGGUCGUAUUCCAGACUGGGAACCGCGAUAUUACACUCCAGAUCAGGUCAAGGUGCCCUACUUUAUCCCAGAUACUCCAGCUGCCAGAGCAGACCUGGCUGCCCAGUACACUACUGUCAGCAGACUGGACCAAGGGAUUGGGCUGGUUCUGCAGGAACUGAGGGAUGCUGGAUUUGAUAACAACACACUGGUGAUAUACAGCUCUGACAAUGGGAUCCCGUUCCCCAAUGGACGGACUAACCUGUACAGGUCGGGUGUUGCAGAGCCCAUGCUAGUGUCCUCUCCUGAACACAGGCAACGAUGGGGCCAGGUUAGCAAGGCCUAUGUCAGUCUACUGGAUAUCACCCCCACAAUCCUUGACUGGUUCUCCAUCCCCUACCCUUCUUACAGCCUCUUUGGGGGACCACAAGUCCAGCUAACAGGUCGCUCAUUGCUUCCAGCACUGAUCUCUGAGCCAACCUGGUCCACCGUAUACGCCAGUCAGAGUCUCCAUGAGGCCACAAUGUACUAUCCCAUGCGCUCUGUGCUUCAGCGCCCCUACCGCCUGCUACAUAAUCUCAACUACAAGAUGCCCUUUCCCAUUGACCAGGACUUCUAUGUCUCACCUACCUUUCAAGACCUGCUCAAUCGCACACAGGCCGGGCAACCCACAAACUGGUUCAAAAAUCUGAGAGGUUACUAUUACCGUGAGCGUUGGGAACUGUACAACACCGAGUCUGAUCCAGCUGAGGUGCAGAACCUGGCAGGGGAUCCAGCCUAUGCUGCGAUUCUGGAAAGCCUGAAGACUCAGCUGUUGAAGUGGCAGUGGACCACAUCAGACCCAUGGGUGUGUGGCCCAGAUGCAGUUCUUGAGAGCAAGAUGGAGCCACAAUGCAGACCGCUCUUCAAUGGGCUUUAAUGAACAAUCAAAUUACCCUGACACAGAAUUCAGUGUCAACACAAGUUCUUUUAUUAUUCACAUAUUCAGAUACUGUUAUCUUCAGACAUAAAAUGU